UCGCGGUACGGCGGCCGCCACCGCCGGUCCCUGUCCCUCCGGGGCCGCCCUCGCCGCCAGUCCCGGCUCGCUUGUACCGAACGGUCGUGAUGGUGUUCCGGUGCCAGCGGGACAGCUGGGCCCGGCAGUUCACCACCAGGGUGGUGUCGUGCCGGGCGGCGGAACUGCGGCCCGAGGGCGGCGGGGAGCCGGUGCGCGGGUUCCAGGUGGUGCUGGAGGACACCAUCCUCUUCCCCGAGGGCGGCGGGCAGCCGGAUGACCGCGGCCUCAUCGGGGACGUGCCGGUGCUCCGCGUGACCCGGCGGGGCUCCGAGGCCGUGCAUUUCGUGCCGGCCGCGCUGGAACCGGGCGCUGAAGUGCUGCUGUCGCUGGACUGGGAGCGCCGCUUUGACCACAUGCAGCAGCAUUCAGGACAGCAUCUCAUCAGUGCCAUUGCAGAACAGAUGUUUGGAUUCAAGACAACUUCAUGGGAGCUGGGCCGUCAGCGAAGUGUCAUUGAGCUGGACACCCCCUCAGUGACAGCUGAGCAGGUCGAGGCCCUGGAGAGGAGCCUGAACGAGAAAAUCCGGGACAGGGUUCCUGUAACAGUGAGGGAACUGGCUGCAGAUGACCCUGAAGUUGAAACAGUGAGGAGCCGGGGGCUGCCUGAUGACCACGUAGGGCCAGUGCGUGUGGUGGACAUCAAAGGCAUCGACUCCAACCUGUGCUGUGGGACUCAUGUCAGCAACCUGAGUGACCUCCAGGUUAUUAAACUCCUUGGCGUGGAAAAAGGGAAAAAGAACAAAACCAACUUGGUUUUCUUGGCGGGAAACAGAGUGCUGAAGUCAAUCGAACAAAGCCACAGUACUGAGAAGGCUCUAACCUCCCUGCUCAAAAAUGGGCCAGGUGAGCACGUAGAAGCUGUGAAGAGACUGCAGAGCUCUGUGAAACUGCUCCAGAAGAAUAACCUGAACCUGCUUAGAGACAUUGCUGUUUUGAUAGCCCGGGACUUCAAGAGCAAACCUGCUCCAAAGCAGCUGUUUGUAUUGCACAGGAAAGAGGGUGAUUCUGAAUUUAUGAACAUCAUUGCUAAUGAGAUUGGGACAGAGGAAACCCUGCUAUUCCUGACUGUGGGAGAUGAAAAAGAAGCAGGACUCUUCCUUCUAGCUGGACCUGUUGAAGCAGUUGAAAAUUUAGGUCCCAGGGUGGCAGAACUGCUGGGUGGGAAAGGAGCUGGGAAGCGUGGCCGCUUCCAGGGCAAGGCAGCCAAGAUGAGCCGGCGAGGAGAAGUGCAAGCUCUGCUCCAGGAAUUCAUUAGCAAUCAAAACCCUGGAGCAUAAGAAACAAUUCUCAAAGUAGGUUUGUCUUCCCUUUGUUUGCAUAGGCCCCAUGAGCUUCUCUACCAGAGAAUAAAGACCUGAACCCAA